AUGGCACCAAGCAACCCCUGUACCAAUCCGAAUAUCCCACCCAUCCACAUCGAGCUUUCUCACAUCCCUUGCAACGAGUCACACGCGCAGUAUGUCAACGGUGUUUUAGUUGUCAAGGCAUACUGGCGACAGGCAACAAAUAUGACCCUUGAGGACCAAGUCGAGUACAAGACCCUUAUUGAGCAACAGCGCUUCGAAAAGCAGGGGCCUUCGAUGCUGUUUUCUGCUCCAAGCGACCACAGCGUCUACAAGUCGUGUCAAGCCUCACCAACAUGGGCCAAGUAUGUUUUCAUCCGAGCGCUCGGCGUUGGCACCCCGGCUCUUGACAGCCAAGUGGAAGGCAUCUUCGGGUCGCUUAACAUCAGUGACUUUGAGCAGUGUUAUCGCGCUUACAAUCCGGAACCGGCCAGAGUACUGAAGCGCAGGGCAGAAAGCCAACUCCUGCAGCGGUCCAACGAUUUCAGCCAGUGGGAUAUCUUUCCCGCUGCGGUUCAAACAUUGCCUGAUGAAGGUGAUCUUCGGGAACUUGAAGACCGCUUGAAGGAAUACAUGGAUGACCACCUCAACCGGAUUCAAAAAAUCAUUUUGCCAUUUGCAAUGAAGCAGAAAGAAGGAUUAGAACGGGUGACUCGGCAGAUGUUCACAGUCAUCGAUAAGAUGAAUCAACUGGAGAAAGAGCAGACAGAGUGCUUUGAUGCUAUAGAGACGAAAAUCGACUGUCUAAACGCUCGCCCGGUUGACAUGGGGGAAAUUUAA